AAAAAGUUCCAGGAUAUCAUUGGCAAGACCGCAGCCUAUGUGCACUCUCUGCUCACUCAGCAUACCAACGCACUCGCCUUUUCAGCACAAUUCGGUUUGGUCCAUCUUUUAAACUGUCUGCCCUAAUCGAUUGCAGCAAAUAUCAUCAUAAACGCACCUCGGUCAUCCCUAUUUGAAGCGUAUUUCUACCGGGACAGAAGAAGCCAUGCUGAAAACGUGCUCGGGUGUACAGCAAUAGAAAGCAAGGGACCCUCGCAAAGGUAACGAACGACGCAAUCGUCUUCCGCGUGCUCCUUGCGCGCGCGCGGCCGGGGGAGGGGGGUGUCGCGCGCCUCCGUGUGUGGAACGGCGAUGACGUCAGAGAAGCGCACAAGGUGCAAAAUCAGACGCGGCGCGCUCUGUCGUCUUCGGCGUCUGCGUUUUUUAUGCGGCGCUAUCUGUCAUCUUUGCGCCACCGUCUCGGCAGACUUGACUCCCCCCCCCCCCCACUUGCCCCCCUUCCCACCACGCCGAAUGGACGAGCCGGCCGAGGAUCCCUGAGGUCCAAGAGGCGAACUCGACGAUGCCCGUUUGCCACAGGCGCCGCCAUCGUGAAACCGGACACCGUCUUGCGGCGGAUGGGGAGACCGAAGUGACCGAGCCCGCCGCUCCACCCGGGAGGCGGUGCAGCCUGCCUUCGGACGCGGCCGCGGCCGCCGCCUGUGGCCGCUUGUAGAGGGUGGGAGGAGGCGAGGAGCGGCAGGAGGGAAGAUGCGGACGGAGGAGGAGAGGGCCGCCGCACAAGAGCCCAUUUUGGAGGAAGGCUCCGGACGAGAGCAGCAACGUCCGAUCCAGCAGUCCUUGGCAUCGUCCCUGUGCCGAGAGUCCCACUGGAAGUGCCUCCUUCUGACCCUCCUGAUGUACGGCUGCUUCGCCACACUCAUCUGGUGCGCCCUGUGCCGCGUGCCGGUGCUCAGCUCGUCGCCGGUGCGCGUGGCCGCCGCCGACGGCAACUCCACCUCGGCGGCCUACUACAAUGACGUGCAGCGCCUGGAGAGUCCGUGCUCCAGCGGCUACCUCUACAUCCCGCUGGCCUUCCUGGCAAUGCUCUACGUGGUCUACCUGGUGGAGUGUUGGCACUGUUUCUCCAAGACGGCCGUGUUGGCUCACGCCGAAUUCCAGGAUGUGUACGAGCGUGUGCAGCGCCUCCAGCAGGCCACGCCCUGCAUUUGGUGGAAAGCCAUCAGCUACCAUUACGUCAGACGGACCAGGCAGGUGACAAGAUACCGCAACGGAGAUGCGUACACUACCACACAGGUCUACCACGAGCGGGUCAACACUCACGCUUCCAGCUCAGAGUUUGACUACGCCCGCUAUGGCGUCAAAGAUGUGUCCAAGGAGCUGCUGGACCUGCAGUUGCACUCGGCGGUUCGCCUGCGCUUCACUAAGUGCUUCAGCUUUUCCAGCGCACGCGCUGAGGCAGCCUAUCUCACCCAGCGAGCACGCUUCUUCGGCGAGAACGAGGGCCUGGAUGACUACAUGGAAGCCAGGGAGGGGAUGCACCUCAAGAAUGUGGAUUUCCGCGAACACAUCCUGGCAUUCCCUGACCCCGCCCACCAGCCGUGGUUCUCCAGGUACAGGGUGUUCUGGCUGGCCUCGGCUUUCCUGCUUUCGUGGCCGCUGCGCGUGGUGUCCGAGUACCGCACGGCCUACGUGCAUUACCACGUGGAGAAGCUGUUCGGGGAGGACGAGGAUCUCGGCGGAGGGGGCGGUUGCGGCGCCGGCGGACCGGGAGGGGGCGGGAGAGGCGACGGGGAGACGGAGAACGGAGGCGUGGGGAUCGGACUUAACGGGUCCAGCUACAGGGCCAUCUCCCGGGUCAACACGGUGGACAUGACGGAACUGGAGUGGCACAUCCGUUGUAACCAACAGAUGGUUCCCAGCUACUCCGAGGCCAUCCUGAUGGACUUGGACACAAGCGGGGCGACGAACGCCGCCGCGUUCACACCCGUGUCGGGACCCCCGGGCGCUGCCCCCAACCCGGAGGGGAACCGGCCUCCCUUGGCCCUGCCGGUGGCGUUCAACUCGACGUACCUCCUCCAAAGCUGCCCUCGAUGUCGACGGACCACGUCCAGCUCCAGUCUGCCCUCCCGACUGAGAGCGCCCAUGGGAACGGCGGCCCUGCUCAACGCCACCGUGGCGGGCUUGAGGGCGGCCGGGCACGGCGGGGGUAGGAUCGGGGGCCGGCUGGUUCUCAGUCGAAGCGGAUUCUCCUUAGGGAGGCUCGGAGGAGGGAGGCGGAACAGCCUUCUGCAUUCGCGCAGCAUGGGAGGCGGCCUGGCGGGGAGUCGAGAGGAAGGAGUAGCAAGUGGAGGCGGGGGCGGCUUCCUGGGCUUGGGAACCCGGCAGGACGACGAGGAGACCCGAGGCGUGCUGGAGGCAGAAGGCGACGAGGAAGACGAGCAGGGGGUGGAGGUGGAGGAGAGGAGGGGGGAGGACGGCGGGAGAGAGAGGGACGAAGAGGCCGAGCAGGACGGAGGCGUGCUUGAGAGGGAACGCCCGCCUUCUUACCAGGAUGCCUUCUUCUUCCCCGUGCUCAUUAUCCACGGGGACGAGAGCUGCCAUGCCGGGGACCACCUCUGA